GACGGGCGGUCGCGGUAGUGCUUAAUUUAGAGCACUUGCGGAGCAUUUUUUUAUUGCAAUGCAGAGUGUCAGUUGGCAGAAGAACCACAACUGGAGGAGAUUUCUCCUUCAUCUUUUCACGGUGUCCACCUUGUUUUUUCUUCUCCUUUUUGUUUGAUUUCAGCUCAACCUUCCCCUCCCUCCCCUGUUACCCCUGCAGACUAACGGAGGGACGGAACGAUGUUCGGCUUUCACAAACCGAAGAUGUAUCGCAGUUUGGAGGGUUGCUGUAUCUGCAGGGCCAAGUCUUCAAGCUCCCGUUUCACGGACAGCAAGCGAUACGAAAAGGACUUCCAGAACUGUUUUGGUCUGCAUGAGGCUCGCUCGGGAGAUAUCUGCAAUGCUUGUGUGCUUCUGGUGAAAAGGUGGAAAAAGCUGCCAGCAGGAUCAAAAAAGAAUUGGAAUCAUGUGGUGGACGCAAGGGCUGGACCGAGCCUUAAAACAACACUGAAGCCAAAGAAGAUAAAACCUCUACCUAGUAACAGGAUGAAGAGCAAUCAAAUAAGCAAACUUCAGAAGGAGUUAAAGCGACACAACUCUGAUGCUCACAGCACUACCUCAAGUGCCUCUCCAGCCCACUCGCCUUGCUAUAGCAACCAGUCUGAUGAUGGUUCAGACACUGAGAUGGCACCGGGUUCAAGCCGUACACCUGUGUUCUCCUUCUUGGAUCUUACGUACUGGAAAAGGCAAAAGGUUUGCUGUGGAAUUAUUUACAAAGGCCGCUUUGGAGAAGUCCUUAUAGACACCCAUCUCUUCAAGCCCUGCUGUCGUAAUAAGCAGCCUGCAGCCGAGAAGUCUCCACUUCCGGUUCCACCAUCCUCCACCAUCACCAAUCAAGAAGAGUGGUGACUUCCUUAAAGGAGGCGCAGAGGGAGACGGAUGAAACCUCUUCUGCCAUUUAUUGAAGUGGCCUUCCUUUUACUUUGGAAAGACCUGCUAUGCUGCCAAAAGACUUUUAUUUUUAUUUUUUCCCCUCAAAGUGUCUGGAGAUUUUGUUUUUUUGUUUUUACUGUAUUCAUUCUACUAAUUCAGAGUCCCUUGAUAUCUUUUCAGAAAAAAAGACUAAGGAAUAUUGGCCACAUGGUGAAGCUGAACGCUGCUGUGUUAUCAUCUUUGUUCAGCCUUGUUCCCACCCUAAUGACCGGAAGGCUGGUGACCAUGUGGAGCAGGGCUGAUUGCAGUGUAUGGUUAAAAAAAAAAAAAAGAUGGCGGCUCAAGUAGUGCAAUCAAAGCUCUGUCUCUUUUUAUGUGUAACGUUGAUUUUAAAAAGGAGAAGUCUUCAAUUGCAUUAUUAGGGUUGCCAUCUUGACUUUUCUAAUCCUACUCUGCAGACACCCCUGUUAUGGAGUAUAUAUUUUUUGUCAUAAGCAGUGCUCCUGCUUGGCAUCAUAAAUUUUAGGUAGCCAUUUUUUUCUCUCUAUGUGGAGAGGGAUGAUGUCUCUUAAGGUAGUCCUUCCCCAGUGUAGUGGUCCUUCAACUAUUCUGCUCUCCCAAUUCUCAGUAUUUUGAGCCUUUUUAUAGCUGGGAAUUCUGCUGGAGUUGAAAGGCUUGUAUUUUCCAGGGGGUGCCUUGUUAGUAAAUCAUGGCAUGAAUUUGGAUACUGAAGCUUGUCUAAGACUUCUUCUGCCAAGAGCUGAGGUGGCGCAGUGGUUAAAUGCAGCACUGCAGGCUAUUUCAGCUGACUGCAGUUCUGCAGUUCG